AUGGCCAAAGUGAAGACUUGGAAAACAAAGGCUGAUGUGUUAAGAGAUAUAGCAGAAGCUACAGGGACAGCACCAAAGAAUGAUAUAGCUGCACAGUAUAUAGUUGUGGGAGAUGCACCACCACCACCACGUCUCAGGGAAGAUGAAGAUGACGAAAUGGAACUGAUGUUCGGGGACUCGUAUAGAAGACUGUCACAGACGGAAAAUAUAGGUCCUGACCUCGCUGGCAUACGGCAAAUGUUAGAUAUGGUGCGGAACUUGGACUGCGAUGAUGAUGAUGAAGAUGCUGUUGGUGAUCAAACUAAUUACGCAAUUACUAUUAGUAAAGUUAAAAGUGAUAGUUUAUUGAACCCUAAUGUCCCUGAAUUCGUGCCCAAUGGUGGUGUUAAAAAAGAAACUAAUAUUAAUGGUGUUGUACAGAGUGCUAGUGCGUAUGUAGAGACAAGAAAACAAACAUGUAACUAUGGUAGUAACAAUAAUGUGACAGUUGAGGCAGGCCCGCAAGCAACGAGCUAUGAAGACAUAACAACAGCUCUCAAAAACACUAUCAGUGAAGCGGCUAGGUCAGACAGUCAGUCGUUUCAUUUGAAAAAACAAAAGAACGUCGCUAUAGCAACAUUAUUGCGGCUCUAUGCCAACAACGACACCAGCUCCAAACCAGACGUUAAGCUAUGGACUCCAGAGCAGUUUGAAAGAACAAAAAAUGUUAGUUCGGACGUUAAGGUAGAAGAAAGUAAUGCCUCAGGUAAUGCGACUCCUAAAGAACAGGCUUUACCUUCGACUCUUAAUGAGCCCUUAAGAAGUCCCGACAGUAGUGACAACAUCAACCCAUCAAGGGCUUUAGCACAGGAUCCAGAAGUGAGAGAAUCAAUUGCAAAAGUCAACCGGUGGUUAGCAGCACCAGUUCAAGAAAAGCCGACAAAAACUCCAUACCUGGGGCCUAUAUCUUUCAAGAGAAAGAACCCAGUCGUCAAGCCGAACACUGCAACACCUUCUCCACAACCCAGUACGCCUUCAAAUUCGGACAGUCCAUCAAGAUCAAUACAAUUAUAUCAACCUACCAAGUUUGCCGCAGACCUCGGAAAGCAGUUUCGUGAGCGCAACGAACAAAAACAAAUAGAUGCUGAACUUCAAGUACCGAAUUGGGAAAACCUUAGUGACGUGUUGAAACAAAAGGACAUGGUUGCUAAAAAGCGGUUGGCAGGGCAAAUAUCAUCAAGCACGAGCAAUGCCGAUUCGUAA